AUGAGUACUUAGAGCAUGAAGGAGUAAAGCAACACGCAACCAAUUUCAAUUUUUGAUCCAUAAGAAGAAAAGAAGUUAGAACUGUAAAAGUUCAAAAAAAAUAAAGUAUGUGCUGAAUGCAAAUCUUGGAUAAUAAGAUAGAAAUCAGUUGGAUGUGGAAUAUGCGAGGAUGUAUAUCAUCUGUCUUGCAUGGUAAUAUUUCAAGUUAUACUUUAGAGACCCAAAUUGA